UGGAGUUUCGAAAUGUAUUUCAUUUUAUUUCAUUUCCUAAAGGAACGAAAAAAAAUAUGAAAUCAAUUUAACAGCGUUCGAAAACAUAACCUUUUUACCUGUAUAGGUUUUAGCUUGCAAUAUUUCUUACCGAGUUGGAAUGGGUCGUUAUGCGAUUGAAACCCAAGAACGACACCAAAUUGUAACAUAAUUGAAAGCGAUUUGACAUCUUUAUGUGAAUCGUGUAAUCUUGUUUGAUACUAAAAUUAUAUCUUUCGUUCCACUUAUUUAUUUAUAGUUGGUUGUACCUGUACAAUUGGCAAUCUCCCAAAGGAAACCCUGUGUUAGUGCGGAUACCUUUAUUUGAUCGUUUAUAUUUCGUUUUCAUGCAAUUUCAAUAUGAUUUUUCUGACUACAAAGCUCAUGACUUUGACCCAAAGCAACAGGCUAGACGUUUGUUAGCUUCGGUCCAUGCAGCAUCAGACGCAACAGAGGACAAGGCAGUCGCUAAAAAACGGUUAGGAUAUGCUAUAAAGGAAAUUGAAAAUCAGAGAAAGGCUUUUAUCAGUUCAAAUGAACAGAACCUCGCAGGGAAUGUGGAAUCCAUUUUUCAAAAUCAAUCGAAACUAACGGAAGUUCGAGAAAAAAUGAAGCAACUCACAGAUGUUUAUGAAAGAAUGCGUUCUCUGGUUACCGUGCCCUACAAUUCUGCUUCUCGAUUACAUGACUCAACCGUGAAUCUUCAUUCGACUUAUACCAGCUUAUACUGGAUUCAUCACUAUUUUGACCUGCAGAAAUUAUUAGUAGCUUUUGCAGAUAGUGUUUCUAACGAACAUGAACGAUUUGAAAAUUAUUUUCGAGCAGCUACAUUAUUACAAGAAAUGGACCAACUGGUUAGUCGCUAUCCCCUUAUUAAGCGCCAGUCUUCCGUACAGUCGUUGCAUAAAUCAAAUAUUGGAAUUCACUCUAGGAUGCUAAAAGAAACGUCGAGUUUUUUGUUAGCACAAGAAGACUCGAAUGUAUUAACAGCAAAUUCCUCAACUUUUUCCAAUGCUUGCGCUACUCUGUUUUUACUAGACAAAUAUCUAUUAGAGAGAAAUCUGUCUCAGAUGUUGAGCUCUAGAAGCCAAAAAGCAAACGCUUGUUUUGAGUCUAUAUUCCAAUUGUCUCCUACAACUCGUAGGCUCCUACAUUCAUCUGCUGAUUCCACCGCUGCCAAUUCUACAAUCUGGUCUAAAUUUGAAGAUGGAUGGUAUCAAAUCUCAAAAAUUGGAUCUCAAUGUGUUUUUUGGGAGAAGACACUUAAACAAACUACCGUUUGUCAACCAUAUUAUACUAACUUAUUAGAAUACUUUCAAGCACAACCCAAUUUCAUUCUUGACGGUGCUACAAUUAGCAUGUUCUAUUUUAAGGAACUGGCUAUUUCAAUUAGCACGAAAAUGCAGAACCUUGAUCGUCGAGAUCCCACCUUGCUCCAAGUUUUUCGUAACGAUUACCAAAGAGUAACCCAUAUAGUUGAACAAGCUAUUGCAAAAUCAUCUUCCGAGAUUGUUACAAAAGAUACCCGUGAGUGUUCUAUUGUGAUAAACAGUCUUAAAGUAUUAUUCCCAAAAAUUCCUUAGACAUUAAAAUAAAAUUAUAUAAAUAACCCAAA